GGUUGAUGCAUCUUUGCAAAGUUUGUCUUUUCGGUGAUUGCCACUCGGCUUCGUUGAUUAUUUUUUUCGGGAACAAAUUUUUCUGAAAGUGUGGUGUAAAAAAGCAAUUUGAACGCAAAAUGCGAAAGGAAAAUCUCAAACGCAAAGGUGACGACGCGGAGAAUGGUUCUGAUAGCGAAGAGCAGGAGAAAUCGCCGGCCGCCGGUGAAAAAGAGGAGGAUGCCGAAAUGCAAAGUGCAAACGAAAACACCGAAGAAAAUGGAGACUCGAAAGAGCCCGGCACCGAUGACGAUUUUGAGGAUGCCGAAACCGGUGACGAUAAGGAUGCUAAGAAGGAAGAUUCCGAGAAGGACAAGGAUAGCGGAAAUGGUGAGGAGAAGGAGGGCGGGGAUGAGGAAGACGUUCCGUUGAAAAAGAAUGGCCGCGGAAAGCCUAAACCGGGUAAAAAAGCUGUCAAGGAGACCAAUGGGGACUCGAAGACGAAUGGUGAUGAUAAGGGGGAUGCUGAGGGGGAGGAGGAGGAAGAGCAGAAGGAAGCGGUUGAUGGAGGUGAGGGGGAAGAAGCUAAGGAGGACGGCGCCGGGGAGGAUAAGGAUGAAGCUGAUGCGGAUGGAGAACCAGGAUCGAAGAAGGCAAAGAAGGAUAAGCAAGCUGCUGCCAAGAAAAAGGAAGUGAAGAAGACCAAGCCGAAACCGGCAAAGAAAGCCAAGAAGGAAGAGGGCGAAGAAGAUGAAGAGAAAGAGGAGGAGGAAGAAUAUGAAGUUCAGGACAUCGUUGACCAUCGUAAGGAACGGGGCGGUAAAAUGGUUUUCCGUAUUCGCUGGAAGAAUUACGGAGCAAAAGACGAUACCUGGGAACCGGAAGCUACGUUGUCCUGUCCGGAAAUAAUCAAACGCUACAAAGCCAAGCUCAAGAAAGCGGAGGAGAAAGAGCAGGAAGAAGAGUAUGAAGUUCAGGACAUUGUGGACCACCGGAAGGAACGCGGUAAAAUGGUUUAUCGCAUCCGUUGGAAGAACUUUAAGGCCAAGGAUGAUACCUGGGAACCGGAGUCUACAUUGUCUUGUCCGGAAAUUAUAAAACGCUAUAAAGCUAAGCUUAAAAAAGAGGAAGAAGAAGAAGAAGAUGAUGAAGAGGAGCAGGAAUACGAAGUUCAGGAAAUAAUCGAUCAUCGUAAGGAGCGCGGUGGAAAAAUGGUAUAUCGCAUUCGUUGGAAGAAUUUCGGAGCAAAGGAUGAUACUUGGGAACCGGAAGCUACAUUAUCCUGCCCGGACAUUAUCAAACGCUACAAAGCUAAGCUCAAAAAACAGGAAGAAGAAGAAGAAGAUGAUGAAGAGGAGGAAUACGAAGUCCAAGAAAUAAUUGAUCAUCGUAAAGAACGCGGUGGAAAAAUGGUUUAUCGUAUUCGUUGGAAGAACUUUGGAGCAAAGGAUGAUACCUGGGAGCCGGAAUCAACAUUAUCCUGUCCGGACAUUAUCAAACGCUACAAAGCAAAAAUUGAAAAAGAAGAAGAAGCACCGCCGGCCAAAAAGGGUAGACCUGGUCCGAAAUCGACGCCAGCCAAAAAGGGCUCAUUUGAUAGAAGAGACAAGUCGAAGGUACCUCCGAAGAAGCGUGUCACCAGGGAAGAAUCCGAAGAGUCCGAAGACGAUGACGACGUUGAAUAUGAGGUGGAAAGGAUCAUCGAAGCGCAGUACAAACGCAACGGACAACGGGAGUAUCUGGUCCGAUGGAAGGGAUUCUCGGCAAAGGACGACACCUGGGAACCGGAGGACAAUUUGCACUGUAAAGAUUUGAUCGCUGCGUUCAACGAGAAACAUAAGUCGAAGAAAGCUCCCGCUAAAGCGUUGCGUGCCGACAGGAAGCAACCCGAGCGGUUGAAUAUAGUCGAAAGGGGACACAAGACGUCCAAACGUAACGCCGGAAAGGCUCCGGUAAACUACUACGAUGGGGAGUAAAACUUGACUGAUAUACGGAAUGUAGGCGCUGGGCCUAGGAACAGAAAAAAAAUUACAACUAUACUUAUCGUCAUAGGUGUACCGUAGAUUUAAGAACGCAAUUACCUAAACGAAUGCAUUUUACAUCUGACCUUUGCACUCGAUCUGAGUCGAUUGAAGGAUAAGCUUACCUUACCCUAUUCUAUUUUCGUAGUGUUCCUGAUUGUAACUGUAUCUGGUACGUACUGGAUAACCGAGAGAGAAGAAACUAAUUGUCAAACGGAAUUAUAUUUUUGGUUUUACCCCAGCACAUGUAUGAAUCAAACUAUCGUAUAUAAUAAACUACUCUAGAAUAAUUA